AAUGGAGUACAUGAAGACAGAAACAAGAUGGAUCAAGUUCGGAGACAUAGAGGAGCUCGUGUUGAUUGGGAAAGACGUAGUCGGUUCAGCUUGGGGAGUUUACGUCAGUUUCUUCAACCUGAACACGGGCGAAAACUACGUUGAAAAAUUUGAUAAUCCUGGAAGAAGUGACGGGGUUUCAUGUCUGGCAGGACAUCCGGUGGUCUCAAUGUUCGCGAUAGCAGAGAGACAUCCGAAUCCCAGAGUUUUGAUCUUCACGUACCCAAACCUGGCUAAGGUUUCCACCUGCAGCGAUGGCGCUCCCAACGGUUUUCUGUCGAGUGCAUUUGCAGGCACGGAAUACCUCGUCACUCUCUCCUCAUUUCCGCAGUUCGAAAUUAUCCUCUGGCAAUGGAGGACUGGGGAAAAGAUGGCCGUGAGGAGCACGAGUGUCUCAGACCCAACGCAGCUCAUCAAAUGCUCGUCGAUGGCGCCUUACACUAUAGUCCAACUUGGCACAACGUCAGGACGACUGCUGGUUCACGAGAUCAGCGUCUGUUCAAGAAUAGCGUCGCUUCUACCGACGGAGAUCAAACAUGUCGACGAGAGGAUUGUCUCUAUCAGCUGGACAUUGGACGGAAAUUUGCUGCUAAGCGACAAGUUGGGAAGCGUUUGGCUGAUGACGAGCGAUGGGAGGAGGCGCAACAUGAUCAUCCGAAGCGACUUGACAUCUGCGCACGUUUCCGGUCGGAAAAUACCGAUGGCUGUAGCAGUUCAAGGAGGGAUUCUCGUGGUCGACGUGAACUCCCGAAUACGGUUUUACAGAAGAUCAUCAUCAGAACACCGGCAAAACGACGUGAUUUGGGAGUCGCGAUGGGAACUCAGAGCUCCUUCACAUCCCACCAAGGCGACGGUACACUGGCAAAGGAAUAGCGUUAUAUUCUAUGGCGAGUGCGGUGACUUUUGGGAAAUUCCACUCGAUGAUUAUAGCAAAGCUCCGAUUCUCGAUCUGAAGUACAGCCAUGGUUCCGGCUACCUGGUUAUCGCCUGGGCCUACCCUGGAACCCAGAUCAUCGCGUCCUUCGACAAAUUCGGGCAGAUGAAUGCCUUCGAGCCAGCGACUGGUGUUUGCACAGGGAAACUGUCUCUGAAGGACGAAGGUCAAGUUCUAUGCGUCGUGUCCCACCCUGACUUGCCGAUUAUCGCGAUGACCACCGAUGCUGGAAGGUGCUUGCUGAUCAGCUUGUACAAGGUGACCGACCCCGUCCUGCUCACGUCGUUUCACCUGCAUGAACAGCCCCUGGACAACGUCAAGUUCUCGUACUGUGGCGGACUGCUGGGAAUCGCGAGCUCGAGAAGCGGAGAUUUUUUUCUCAUCAAAGGAGAACCGGGCUCUCAGAUGUACGUGCACAGCUAUCUGGAGACGCGAAGACAGGCGGUAGAUUUUCUGCUCUACGAAGACGCGGAUGGAGGCGCCAGGCUUCUGGUACUUGUGGUAACGAGUACCGCUGCGAUAGUCGGUGAUAUAAUCAUCGUGUACACUCGUAAACCCGGAGAGAAUCUCUUUGCGGAAGAAAAAUACGCUGUUGAGCUACUGGACGCAUUUAAAUCACUACAUUACGGUCCCAGACACUCCAGUGAUGUCAUCGGGGCUCCUUAUCUAUCCAGGCAACUACACCGGCUGGAGAUCCAGAACGACUUCAGAGGCGUUCGUCUUGUCCAGGCUUUGCCUUCCGGCCAUCAACUACGAAAUCCCUGGGUUUACACAGACCGUCAUCACGUGGUAACAGCCGGUUAUGACGGCCUCGUUAUCGUCAGAGAUGGAUUUAACCUCGAGAAGGUAAUCGCAGUGUUCGCACCGCAUCAUCGGCAAGAGGGCGGAACGAGAAUGGCUUUAGCUUCACCCUGCGGCUCAAUGAUCCUAUCUCUUGGCCGAAAUGGAACUUUGGUGGCUACCGAACUAAAUUAUCGUGAACCAAACGCCAGAGUGCUCAACGAGGCAAAUGUCAAGCUAGAUUCCUCGGAGAUUCAACGCAUGUUCUCCAAGCCGACGUGGGGAUUCGUGCCAGAGGAUAUCGAGGACGAAGGUAAAAGCUGGGUCGCAUGCCAGGAGGCGAUCAAGGACCGUACGGAAAAACGACUGUCGAUUGCGGCCAGGAACGCCAUCAUGAAUGACUUCGAGAAAUUGAAAGCCCAGGUAAAGGCUCUGCUGGACGUGAACGAGAAAGCAGAUCCUAAGGAGCAGUUACCCGUACUCGAGUUCGAUCUGGACAAGAAAGGCAGGGAGCUUAAGAUUCAGAAUGCUGCUAAGGAUCGCGAAGAACUUGAGGUAUGGGCGGAGAAACAGAUGCUUGAGGAGGAAAGGGUGGUUUCUUUCGUACUAAAAACAUGCUGGAAGCCUAUGAUGGUCCAGGCUCGGUCUAUUCGUGCCAUAUUUGGUGAUACCUGCGUCGACAAUUACCCACUGCCGUUGAAGAACGGGGACGAAGAGAAAGAGCACAAGUGGGCCCACUAUGCGAAGACACUAUCCCUCGAGAUAUCUAACCUUGAGCCUCCCUCCGGAUCUGCACAAAGAGAAAAACCUACCUCAGUGUUUGAGCUGAGCAAUGAAGCGAAUGAUGAUGCAGAAAACGAGGUGCAUCGCGUUAAAAGAACGGAAGCCCUCGCGAUGACGGGGACCACCACACAUCGAUGGGUAGCACGCGAUCCCAUCCAUUUCAAUCAGCUACAGACGUACAACUACAUUCAGGGGGCGAUGGAGUGCGUUUUUAUACGAGAAGAGAUUGACAAGCUGAAAAUUCACUUCAAUAAACUAUUCGACGAAAUGAUGUCCACAAAGGAGCAAGUGAUGACUGUACUCGCUCAAAGGAUAUCAAAACUGCGACACGUCGCCAACGAACUUUUAAUUAUGUUCCGAGUGAACCGUGAGGCUGAAAUUAUGCCGAACCCCGUCUGGGACCAGACGGAGAAACCGGAGACCAUAAUUGUUGUCACUGACGAAGAGAUCUCAGUCAGACCGUACAUGACACCAGAAGAAAAGAAGAUCCAGGAGGCGGAGCGUUUACAGGCGGAAAAACGCCAGCUGGAACUAAUGGCGGAUGACUUCCGUGAAAAGACACUUAUGGAGACUAUGGACGGACUUUUGGAAGUCAAGUGGGAAGAUGACGUCAAGAAGGACGUGCCGAAACCUUCGUGUUUACUCGAGAAGGAUCCUGCCCAUUACACUGAGGAGGAGGUCAAAGAGAUAAUGGACUACGAGGACAAGGUUCGGAAACUCAAGAUCGAACGUGAUCGGUAUAGAGAAUUACUUCAAAAGGAGUUUCGUCAGACUACGCGCAACAUUGAAGAGAGCAUUAAAAUGUUCAACGAAAAGCUGGACGCCUUCUCGGUAGAAAAGGUAAAACUGGAAUCCGCGAUUCUUCAGGAAACUCUGCGACUCCUUCGCUCCAAAUGGAGAGACCUCGAGAAGACACGUCGAAUGGAGAAGAUACUGGAUCUAAAAGACAACGAACUGACACCAGCGACAAGAUACAGCCAGGAAUUAAUGGACGAGUUGGCAACGCUCGAGGUGGCAGUAGCAGACCUGAGAAAUCGAUACGAGGCACUAUGUAAGCGGGAAAAAACGAUGGACGAUAAGUUCCGGGGUGAAUUCGUCGACUUAAAACCCCCAAUUGUCGAACACUUGGCAAGACAUUACAAAAAACGUCCGAGAGCGGGAAAGGCCUGCACGUGUACGUCGAUCACCUUCCUCACAGAAAUUGGCAGGUGUAUAACCACCGGAGACUCACCCGAAGUCCUGCCCCCCGAAAGUAUCGAGUUUCUGAAGGGUUUACACCACCUUGACAUUAUGCCAAGCAACCUACCACCCCAAAUCGACGUGAACCAUUGGAGUCACCUUUGCAAAUUGAGAAGGACCAAGAUCGAAACAGAAAUACGGGUGAAAUGCUGCGCGGUGGAACUGGCCGAGGCUGAGCAAACGGUCGGUUUGUAUCAGAGAAUGAUCGUUACCAGUCAAAAUCGCAUUGUUCAGCUCAAAGAGGCAUUGAGGGAACAUCGUGUAUCCAGGCAAAGGUUUGUCGAGGACAUGGAGGUUCAGCUGGUGCUAAAGAUGGGACAGGUCGAGGUCCCCGUUCUCCUUGGCAAAGUCAGCGACCUCGCCGAGGCGGUGUUAGUACCUGCAGAAGAGGUGGACGCCGUAAACGUCGCUAUAAUCAAUGAAGGACGGCUCAAACUGUCCGCUAUGAAGAGAACGAUGAGUUUCCGGAGAAUAAUUGUUUGCAAGGAGUGGCGACACGCUUACAUGUGUAAAUCAUUGGAGGAUCUCAAGGCAGAGGUCAAAGUCCUCGAAGACGUGAAGACUUUUAUUUUUAUCUGUUCACAGGUAACUAAAGAGAUACAAGAGUACACGCGAAAGUUCGCUACGAACGCGUUGAAGGAUAAGGACGUGAAAACAUUCGAGAGAGAUAUCGAGUCGUUGAAUCAACGGUACAGAAGGAUGGUCGAGGCUGAAAGGAAGAAUCUGGAGAAGAUAAGGACGACGAUAAAGUAUUGGAGAAGAGAAAACGUGCGGCUGGAUGCGAUGAUAGAAAGGAUAAGCCAGGCAAACGCCCGUGAUUCAGUGUACGUUAAGAAAGAAGCGAUGGACAAAGAGAAUAAAUUCACAAAGGAUAGAAUGGAGGCUAUCAUGAAGAGGACUAGAUUGGUUAAGGACGUGCAAGAUAGCUACAACGAGCUUCUCCUCUUGCAAUCCGAAUUAGAACUCCUUAGGCUCAAGACCUAUCCUACGUUGAGAUUCAAGUCUGAAGGUCGGAAAGAACUCGCGACAAGUACGACUAGAGCUGCUCGUACGAGUAGAUUAACAGAUAAAUGAAUCGCCUUGGCCUUUGAUAACCCCGCGUCAUAGAUAUAAAUUUAUCAAUCUUUUUCGAUGUUGAACCCUUUUUUCGUGUAUAUGUGUGUGUAUGAAUCGUUUUGUAGUCUCGAUGACGAAAAAAUCACUCUAUGAUGUAAAUAUUAUUUCCAAGAGCGAAAGGAGAGUGCUAAAAUCAUUCAAUGAGCAAAUCAAUUAACACGGUCUGCAUUUUUGCACAUUUUAAUGCAUCGCGAAAGUCUGCACUGACCAACUUACAUCCCAACAACCUGCAGUAGUUUCGAAAAUCAAGUUGCGCAUCAACAAUUUAAAUCAAUACGCACUCAUGUUUUCAGCGAAAUAGUAAUUAUUUUAAAAUCAACUCGAAAUACUGAAAUCAGCUUUCCUUUGUUCCUCAAUAGAGCUGCUCAAACCUCAAGCAGCGGAUUGUAGCUACCUGCAAUUAUCAGCUUUUGCUUCCUGACCUUUCCCAACGCCUAAAAACAGUAAUACCAAAGCUCACAAUGAGUUUCUUCGGUAAAUCGUGUCCUUUCUAUUCAAAACGAAAGUGAAUUAUUUUCUCCAGAUCGCAGUUAAAUGUAAAUUAUUAUCAAGUAAAGACCAUCGGGUGAAAAUGUAGUCGGUCAUCGACACUGAUACGUAAUGUCAAACCAUGUAAAAUACAUCGUUAAAGAUGAGGGAAAAAAAACGACAAGUUAUAUACCGCCGA